UUUUGCAUGCUUCACCUAUCUCUCCACCUCCUCCGCCUCCCUCCACUACUGCUAACCCCUGCUCCCCAAUCCCGAUCCACCGCGCACCCGAUCCCCGGAUCCGCCGUCCCACCACCCCGCUCCCGGUCCGCGAUUCCGUCCCCUCUUCCACCGAUCUCCCCGAUCUUUCUCAAUUCCUCGGGGGGUUUUGGUUUCCAUCUAUUCUGGGUUGCGUGUGUUGUUCCGGAGUGCUGUUAAUUAGUAUCGACAUGAGGGCCUCGGACUCGGCGGCGGCAGCGGCGGCGGCGGAGGCGGAGUGGACGGAAGAGAUAGAUUUUCUACUCGGCGUCGGCGAGAUCCCCCACGUCACCUCUCCGCAGGGGCGGCAGCGCGGGGUGGGUGUUAUCGGCGACGGCAACGGCGUGCAUCGCGCCUCGGGUUCCGACGGCUACACUUCACCAUUGCGCCUUGGGUGCCGACGGGUACACUGCCCCCCUGGCGCCGACGGGUACGAUGCGCAGCACGCCAAGUACCCCUACUACAUGGUCCUGAACCGUCGGGACAAUGCUGCUCCACCCCAUGGCGGAGGCGAUGCGGGGGGCAUGGGCUUCCCCACUCAGUCAUCGGUCACGGGACCGCUCGUCGGUAGCGCGGUGCCGUCGCCGUCGCCGCCUCCGCCGUCGCCGCUGCCACUGGGGGCGGACGAUCCGGACCAGCAGCUGAUCGCGAACCAGCUCCGCUGCCUGCGCAUCGGGGACGCGCAGGGCGCGCUCCUGCACCAGGGCCGGGCGCCAAUCAUGAGCACCGCCCGGACCGAUGUCCCCGCAGGGCACGACGCCUACCAUGGGUACACCUUCGCCGCGUCAGGUUCUUCCUUCCCCCGUGAUCGCGUGUUCCUUGAUCAAGCCAAAGCUGUCGGGCACGUCGCAGCACGGCCGCAUCAUCGCUUCGUGUCGGACGCUGGCCUGGAUGACUUUGGUGGUUUCCCCGGAGCCCUGGACACCAGCAUUGGAAGCUUCAUGUACAAUAGGGCAGGGCAUGCCACCGGCAUCGGUUGUGGCCAAGGUUUGGUACAGUCUGAUUUCCCCGAGUCGUCCUACCUGCUUCCGAGUCAGGCUUGUGUAGAAUUUCCCAGCUCGAGUCGGUUUGCCCUUAAGCGGCACCAUGCAUGUGGUGGUGUCCCUAUGGCAGACAACGGAUUUGGGAGAGGCAGAAAUCCUUGUGAGAACAGUCUAAUGUUCGAUAAAAAGAACAUGAACUCCCUGGAACGUGAGAAGGAGAGGAGAUUCCAGCGUGUCAGUUCUAGGACUUUGAGGUUUAACAACUUGGUUCCGGUCAAGGGAGGAUCCAUCUACCACAUGGCCAAGGACCAAAAUUGGUGCCGGUAUUUGCAGGACAAGUUAUUGGAAGGGAAGCAUCAUGUUGAUGUGAUCUUUGAAGGAAUAAUUAACCAUAUUGCAGACCUUAUGAUCAGUAGUUUUGGCAACUAUCUUGCACAGGAGAUAGUGGAAGUGUGUGAUGAAGGGCAAAUGUUGAGGAUCAUCUUAGUGCUGACACAGUACCCUCUGAAGCAGCUGAUUGCCGUCUCUCUAAACACACAUGGGACAAGGGUAGUACAGAAAUUGAUAGAGAAAGUUAGCAGCAGAGAGCAGAUUAUGCUCAUUAUUUCAGCCCUACAGCCAAGCUUCAUGCUGCUUGUCAAUGAUCACAAUGGUCAUCAUGUAAUACAGAGAUGUCUGGUCAACUUUGGAGUCGAGGAUAAUAAGUUCAUAUUUGAGGGCGCUGCAGCCAACUGUCUUAACAUGGCGGUACAUUGCCAUGGAUGCUUUGUUCUACAAAGUUGCAUAAAAGCACGUGGUAGAUACCUGGCCAAUCUGAUUAUGGAAAUAUGUCUUCAUGGCUUUGAACUUGCCCAGGAUCCAUUUGGGAACUACGUGGUCCAAUGUGUUUUGGAACAGGAAAUUCCUUCCGCAAAUGCACACUUGGCAUCUCUGUUUGAAGGAAAGUAUGUUUAUCUCUCAAAGCAGCAGGGGAGCAGCAAUGUGGUGGAGAAAUGCUUAAUGUUUUUCCCGGACGAUGCCAAAGCUGUCAUAAUACAAGAAUUACUCAUGCUCAGCGGUUCUGAUUUCGAACAACUGCUGCAGGACCGUUUCGCCAACUAUGUCUUUCGCACUGCCCUUGACCACACCAGGGGCCGUCUGUACGAUGUCCUUGUUGAAGCGAUCCUCCCUUAUGAGAAUGCCAUUCGGAACAGCCCCUAUUGCAAUAAGAGGAUCAUCAUGCACCUGACCAGGAGGUGAAAGUUGUACUAUCUGUAUACCUUUGGUACCAGGGGGAAGGCCGCUUUCCUGUUGUUGACAAUUUAUGUUCGCUCUGUCAGAGUUCAGAAAGGCAGGUUUUGGUUGCAAGAACAACGGUUCAAGUGUUGUAUCGUGUGUCUUCCGUGUUGUAGUUUUUUUUUCCUGAUGGUGUGCUGUAGUGUACUUUAAAGUUUUAAAAGGAACCCGUGUGCUUCCCCCUUGUUUCUUUUUUGUACCUGCUGUAAUGAUUUCCACUUUGGAUUCUGUGAAUUGUUACUGUUUGAUAAGGACCAUUCAAAAAUUAAGUUACUGUAGAACAAGUGGUUAUACUCGUUGCUUUUAUAAAUAACCGUGUUUUGAGGAACAAGUUCACCGUUUCAUUUGGAGAGUUGUAAAACACCGUGUGCUGAAGUUGUCAAGUUUUUCAGCGAUUAGCUUUGCUGAUUAAUGCUUUGAAUUGAAUGUCGACUCGCCUCGGUUUAUCCCUUCACUAGGCGGAGCCUCUACCAAUAGAUCUAUCCUUUUUUUUGUUUUUUUAAAUAGGUUAGUUUUCUAAUUCCCUUAAACUAUACCAAAAUCUUAUCAAGUUUACUGAGAUGAGAAAAGCAUAAGACGACUAUUUUUAAGGCUGGCUAUUCAGUUUUAUUGGUUUAUUUCAUGCGGUUUAUUUGGUGUCAAAAAAGUUUGGUGUUUGGAAAAUGGAAACUAAACUUUUUGUUCAGAAAUAAAAAAAACCCGCACAAUUUAGUGUUCGGUUUUUUUAGUUUGGUAUUGCCACAAUUACCAAACAACUAGCAAUUUAAAACUGUAAACAUAAAAUUGCAUAAAGAACAUACUCAUCAACAAGUAACAACAACAACAACAAAGCCUUUUGUCCCAAGCACGUUGGGGUAGGCUAGAGAUGAAACCCCGUAUGAAAACCUCAGAGCUCAACCCCCAAAGAAAACAGGGGAAACAAAGGCAAAGGAGAACCGAAAACGACGAAACGGGGGAACACAUAAAAGAGAUAAAACCCACAAGAACCAGCAAGGUCUAAAUGGGCACAAGAAAAGGUCAAACGAUUAAGGAGGAAAAGCGGAACUAUAAAUCAAGGUUCUGGCACGUGAAUUGCACACUUCCACCCCUUCCUAUCCACGGCGAGCUCUUUAUCAAUAUUCCACUCCUUCAGGUCCCUCUUCACUGCCUCUGUCCACGUCAAGGUUGGUCGACCUCUACCUCUCUUCACAUUCUCGGGACGCCUAAUUAUUCCGAUAUGCACUGGUGCCUCUUCAGGUCUUCGUUGGAUAUGUCCAAACCAUCUCAAACGAUGUUGCAUAAGCUUCUCCUCAAUUGGCGCCACUCCUACUCUCUCUCGUAUGUCAUCAUUCCGGACUCGGUCUCUCCUUGUGUGGCCACAUAUCCAGCGCAACAUACGCAUCUCUACCACACACAGUUGUUGGACAUGUCGUCUUUUAGUGGGCCAACAUUCUGCUCCAUACAACAUAGCCGGCCGGAUUGCUGUCCUGUAGAAUUUGCCUUUUAGUUUGUGUGGCACCCGGGGGUCGCAUAAGACACCCGUCGCUUGCCGCCACUUCAACCAUCCAGCUUUAAUUCUAUGACUGACAUCCUCAUCGAUGUCUCCAUCCUUCUGAAGCAUUGAUCCUAAGUAACGAAAAGUGUCUUUCUUGGGUACCACUUGCCCAUCAAGACUAACAUCGCCAUCUUCAUACCCCAUGGCACUGAAAUCACACUUCAUAUACUCCGUUUUAGACCUACUAAGCCUAAAACCUUUUGCUUCCAGCGUCUGCCUCCACAAUUCCAACUUUUGCGAAACACCGCUCCUACUCUCCUCAAUAAGUACCACAUCAUCGGCAAAAAGCAUACACCACGGUAUAUCUCCUUGUAUGUCCCUUGUGACCUCAUCUAUCACCAAAGCGAAAAGAUAAGGGCUCAAAGCCGACCCUUGAUGUAGUCCUAUGUUAAUUGGAAAGUCAUCGGUGUCCCCAUCACUUGUUCGGACACUUGUCACAACAUUAGUGUACAUAUCUUUAAUAAGAUUAAUGUACUUUGUUGCUACUUUGUGUUUUUCCAAGGCCCACCACAUUACACUCCUGGGUACUUUGUCAUAAGCCUUCUCCAAGUCUAUGAAGACCAUAUGCAGGUCUUUCUUUUGUUCUCUGAAUCUCUCCAUAAGUUGUCUUAGUAAGAAAAUGGCCUCCAUAGUUGAUCUCCCGGGCAUGAAACCAAACUGAUUUUGGGUCACGCUCGUCAGCUUUCGCAGGCGGUGUUCAAUGACUCUCUCCCAUAGCUUCAUUGUAUGGCUCAUGAGUUUAAUUCCACGGUAAUUAGUACAACUUUGAACAUCUCCUUUGUUCUUGAAGAUUGGUACUAAUGUACUCCGCCGCCACUCGUCGGGCAUUCUGUUUGUCCGAAAGAUGGUGUUGAAAAGCUUAGUCAGCCAUACUAUCGCUAUGUCUCCAAGGCAUCUCCAUACCUCGAUAGGGAUACCAUCAGGGCCCAUCGCCUUUCCUACCUUCAUCCUUUUUAGCGCCUCCUUAACUUCAUAUUCUUGUAUCCUUCGCACAAAACCCCUGUUGUUGUUAUCGAAUGGUUCGUCCAAUUCUAUUGUAGAACUCUCAUUCCUUCCAUUGAACAAUUUGUUGAAGUACUCCUUCCAUCUAUUCUUGAUCUCUUCAUUCUUCACUAAUAGUUGGUUUGCUUCAUCCUUGAUGCAUUUGACUUGGUUGACAUCCCUUGUCUUCCUUUCACGAAUCUUGGCCAUCCUAUAGAUAUCCUUUUCUCCCUGCUUUGUGUCCAACCGUUGAUAAAGGUUGUCAAAGGCUUGACCCCGGGCUCUACUAACCGCUCGCUUUGCAGACUUCUUCGCUAUCCUAUACUUCUCUAUGUUUUCUGCACACUUGUCAUGAUGUAAGCGUUUGUAGCAAUCUUUCUUCUCCUUGAUAGCCUUUUGGACAUCUUCGUUCCACCACCAAGUGUCUUUAACUUCCCUUCUGUUUCCUUGACUCAGCCCAAACUCUUCUGAAGCUAUCUUUCGGAUGCACAUCGCCAUCUUCCUCCACAUGAUAUUUGAGUCUCCCUCUUCUGCCCAAGGGCCCUCCUCGAUAACUCUCUCCUUGAAAGUUUGGGCCACAACCCCUUUAAGCUUCCACCACUUUGUUCUAGUGACCUUGUUAUGCUUAUUCCGUUGUAAACGAAUCUUAAAACGGAAGUCAGCAACGACAAGCUUAUGUUGGGUUACCACACACUCUCCAGGUAUAACCUUGCAAUCUAAGCAGGCAUGCCUGUCCUCUUUUCUCAAGAGGACGAAAUCAAUUUGGCUAGUGUGUUGGCCACUACUGAAGGUCACCAGGUGGGAUGUCCUCUUCCUAAAGAAAGUGUUUGCUAUAAACAUGUCAUAGGCUAGGGCAAAGUUCAGGAUUUCCUCUCCUUCUUGAUUCCUACUCCCAAAGCCGAAGCCUCCAUGCACACCCUCGAAACUGGUGCUAGAUGUACCCACAUGGCCAUUGAGAUCUCCUCCUAUGAAGAGCUUCUCGCCAACUGGCACACUACUAACCAUGUCCUCCAGGCCUUCCCAGAACUCCCUCUUUGAGUUCUCAUUAAGGCCUACUUGAGGAGCAUACGCGCUGAUAACAUUGAGAACCAAGUC